UAAUAUACCGGACUUGAAUCCAUCGCAGUCAUAUCGUACGCAUUCACUCCGCGCACAUUAUCCUCUCAAGGCACGGUUAAGGCCAUACUCAACCAGUCUGUUACAAAACCUCUUGCCGAGUUAAGGUUUUUUUUUUAUAUUUGAUAAAGUGUGUGAUAACUGCUAUAAGGGGAAAAUAUAAAAAGGAUUGGACUUUUUACUGAUCUUCAGCGGAAAUAAGAUCUAAAGAAUAAAGAUGGCGGAAAUAACACACAUCAAUCCAUUGCUGCUUGUCACUGAGAAGCAAAUACAAGGUGUGCGUGCCUGCUGCGACCUGGACGUGAAACAACUUAGAGAAUCCAUCGACGCGGUUCUGGAGUGGUGUUCCAAGGAGCCACAUCUUGAGGGCGCUGUUCCGAUAUUGAAAAAAAUCCGCUUGAUAGAACGAACUCUGCUGCUCACCAAAGGGUCCAUAGAAGAGACUAAGAAGAGAAUAGAAGCGGUCCUGACCUCUAGAGGAAUGAUGCCAGAACUGAGUCACAGUCGGUCGGUCGACGAAUUUAAAACUAUCCUCGGUUGUGUAAAUUACGUGACCUUACCAAAACUAUGCCCAUCGGAUAAUUCCAGAGUGGUUUUAGUGAAUUUCAAUAAGGAGAACAUCGACGAUUUUACACUAUUGGCUUACUUCAGAUAUGCAUUUUACAUAGGAGAAUACAGACUGUUCGACGAUUACACUAUCAAUGAGAGACACGUGAUUGACCUAGAAGGUGUACAUUUGGGGCUGCUCACUAAAAUCAACCCUGUUUUGUUGAAAAAAGCAGAACUAUUGGCUACGGAAGGGUACGGUACCAAAAUAAAAGGUAUUCACAUACUCAACGCACCAAAUUGGGUAGAUAGAUUCGUGUUUAUUCUGAAACAGUGCAUGAAACCGAAGGUAGCGGGGAGGCUGCACGUCCAUAACUCCAUCAGCGACUUCCAGAAACACGUGCCGAAGGAAAUCUUACCUAAAGAAUAUGGCGGCGAUGAGCAGUCAGUCAGAAAAAUAGCUGACGCCUGGAAUGACUUUAUGAGCAAUGAAGAGACAAAGCAAAGAAUUAAGGAUUUAGACCAACUUGUGGCCGACGAAUCCAGAAGAACAAAUACUAAGUUCAAUGAUGAAUACUUGGGAAUGCCAGGCUCUUUCAGAAAACUUAGUGUUGAUUAAAGUAUAAAUAUAAUAAUUUAGACAUCAUUCAAGGGUCACUAAGAACGUUUAUCUACAGACGCAAAGUAAACAUAUGACAGACCAGGGUGCGUAGGAAACGUGCCAAUCGUAGCGAACGAAAUGCAUCUGUCACUGUCGCACUAAUAUGGAAGAGUGAUAGAGAGAGAUGACUUAAUGAUUGGCACGUUGGCUAAACACCCAGUACGGCUACCACAAGUUUGACACUGACAUAUUCGCUAGCGUGUGCGUAACAUACUUUCUACGCAUCUCGCUCGUACUCGCAUAUUAGUGCCAGCGAGAUGUAUUCGAAAGUAAGUUACGCUGACGUUAGCGAAUAUUUCCAUUUGACACUGCUAAGGCAGUCGUGGUAAGGCUACAAUUGCAAACGAAAAGUAAAUUGGCGCUUUCAAUUCACGAUUGUCAUUUGGGCCCCUGGUUUUAAUAUUAAAAUAUCUGGUUUUGAUAAUA